CGAGUUGCGACGCCAUUUUGAUUUCACAAAUUCACGAAGAGUUUGCUUUGCUUGGAUGGACUGAAAGAGCGAUCUUAGAAAAUUUGUUCAAAAUAAGUUCUCUACGUGAUAAUGUAUAGUGAAAUGUGUACUUUUCUUCAUACGUGAUAUAAUCACGAAUUGUGUAACUAUUACCAGCUUGAGUAUCAACACGUCGUUAUCUGUGAUAACUGAUGUUCAUCAGUGGAUUGUGCCUGUUAUGGUGAUUAUUGAAAAUCUUCAACAUGUCGAAAGAAAAGGAAAUUGCAGAAGAAUAUGCUUCGAGUUUGGCCGAUUUGACGGUGAACAGCAAGCCGCUGAUAAAUAUGCUCACGAUACUCGCAGAAGAGAACAUCGAGCAUGCAGGGGUUAUCGUUGAUACGGUGGAGAAGCAUUUGGAGAAGGUUCACCCUGACAUCAAGCUGCCAGUUCUGUAUUUAGUUGAUUCCAUUAUCAAGAAUGUUGGUGGCGCAUACACACAGAAGUUCUCGCAGAGUAUCGUCAAUAUGUUCACAAAGACCUUCAAACAGGUGGAUGAGAAGAUUAGGUCGCAGAUGUUCAAGCUGCGGGAGACGUGGCAUGAAGUGUUUCCGUCCACAAAGUUGUACCAGCUGGAUGUGAAAGUUAACCUGAUCGACCCGGCCUGGCCAAUCCAGGCCCAACCUCACCAGUCAAACAUCCAUGUAAAUCCAAAUUUUCUGAAAAAGACCACACCAGCACCUAGUUCGUCCACAUUAACCGAGGAAGAGGAGCACAUGCGCUCGAUCCUCGCCAAGAAAGAACAAGAGCUGCUGAUGCUGCAGCGGAAGAAGGUGGAAAUGGAGCUGGAGCAGACCAGGCGACAGCUCCAGAUGGCUGAAAAGACUGCUAAAAAGUUGGGUCCGGUGGCAAGCGCGAUGCCGGUGGCGAUGGUGAACCCGGUGGUCGCUCCGCCCAUGGAACUCGCACCUGCCGUGUCCGUCAAACAGAGAUUGGGGCCGCCCGUGAACAAAACGAGCGGAGCGGGUCGUAUCGCGCCCGUCAGCGGAGCGCUGGCCGCCGCACGCCGCGACCCGCGCCUCGCGCGUCGCCCCGCGCCCCCGCCCGCCCUGGCGCCCGUCGCCCCCGCGCCCCUCGCCCUCGCGCCCCACGCCCCCGCGCCGCCCCCCAUCGCGCCCAACGUGUUCGACAUCAAGCCGCUCGAGCGCGUCACCAAACGCAAAAACGUCAUCACCAUCGACGUGCCCAACGAUAUACGCGAACCCCGCCGCCGAGACCCUCGCCUUGAAAGGAGGGAACGCCGACCCAAAAAAAUCGAGAAGGAACACAAAGACAAACCGGUCGAAGCAUACCUCGAACACGUGUCCGACCCGAAGAAAAUCAACAAACUGCCCCCGAUCCCGAAAAUUAGUAGAACCGAACCUAAAACGGAUCCACCGACGCCGAUUAAAAGAAAGAAGGACGGGUCGCGCGAGAAAAAGAAGCGAAAGGAGAGUCGAGACAGCUCUAAGGACAGCAGCUCGAGCUCACCCGAAAAGAAACCGAAGAAUAAAGACAAGAAAUUAAAGCUCAAAGAGAGAAUGGAAGUUGACGAGAAACCGGCGGAACCGGAGGUUGUCGCUUUCAAAGAGCUCAAGAAUUACCACAAGGAGCGCUACAUGCGACGAAAUAAAGAGAAAUCCGAAAGUCCCGAAAGGCCCGAGGAAAAAGUCCCCGAGAAGAAAGUUCCAGAAGAAUCUACAAAUUUACCGGAGGUUAUUCUGGAAAAUAAGGAUGUAGACUUGCGUGUUUUGCAUCCCGUUAUAGCGGAACAGGCGGCGCCUAUCGGUCAGAAACGGCCGUCUACUGAAACGCUAGAGGGCAAAGUAAAGAAAAAUAAGCUUGAUAGGUUUGAUAUCUUGUUUGGUAACGAAGACGUAGAUUUGCGACAACUACCUCAAGUAGAAGAAUUAAAUGGUCCCCAACCAGCUCCUGUAGUAAAUAAUGUGCCAAAUGACAAAAUGGAUGAAGAUGAUGAUUACAAAGAAUCUACUCCUGUUGGUUCUCCUAAAAAGGAUUGGAAUGAAGUUAAAGAGAAGGAAUCUAUUAAAAAGACACCGUCACAGUUAGAUCUUGUUAGAGCUAAGCUAGCAGAGGCAACUAGGAGCAAGGAUCGAUUAGGAAGACCGCUCCUAUUUACCAAAUCUCCAAGUAUUGAAAAAGAAAGACGUCGUACAAUCAGUACUGACGAAAAUGAGGCUAGAGCGGAAAGUGGUGAUGAUUUCGACGCUGAAGAUCACAAAAAGACUAUUUCAAUAAUCAUGAGUCAAGCAAAAGAACAAUAUAAUGAUGGUCAGCUCGACAAAAAUCAAUAUAAUACAUUAAUGUAUCAAGUGUUGCAACUUAACGAGAAGUUGAAAUUGAAGGAGGCAAAACAACGUGAAUCGCUUGAAAUAUCUAAACGUAAAUUAAAGGCCCAUAUACAAGAAGAAAAUCUUAAAGUUCCCUCUCCUAAAUCGUCUCCCUCAGAGCGGAAUAGGUUUGGAGAUAUCGAUGAAAGAAUCACGCCAUCUGCUUAUGCCGACUCGGCGCCAGAAGAUAAUAUGCACAACCAAGAUUCCGAUAUGAGAGUUAACAACCACCACGAGGAAAUAGACGGCGAGAGGAAAACAUUACUUCCGAUGCCUCCAAUGAUGCCGAUGUAUCCUAAUAUGGGACCGUUUCCCAUGUGGAGAGGUCCGCGACCAAGAAUGGAUGAGUUCGGGCCUAGAAGGUUCAGAGGACCAAUUCCUCCGUUCUUCCGCGGUAAAUUCGAUAAGAGAAUGCCACGGCCACCUUUCGAUCCAAGAAUGCCAAUGCCUCCUCCACUUCCAACGCCAAAACUAGGCAUGUGCCAAGGGGAAUCGCCUCUCACACCUUACGAGAGAUCAUCGACCCCACCACCCCUUGGUCUGCCUGGUUAUGAAAUCCCACAGACUGACUAUAGAAUUAUCGAGUACAUAGAUCAAGAUCCAGUUAAAACUAUUCAAAUUGAUGGUAUUCCUAGAGAAAUAAGGUUCUACGGUGAGACGGCAGUGAUUAUGCUCGACUGGGAUGAUCCGCGCGAGAUCAAAUUCUUACCGGGUUGUCGACGCGUCACAUUUGAUAAUAAAGAUUCUGUAGUUCUAUCAUUUACGGAAGGCUAUAAACAAGUGGAAAUUGAUGAACAAGUAUUUGAUAUCAGAUUUGGCGCUCCCACAAGGGAGUUGUACAUAAAUGGAAGAUGGUACGAAUGUUUCUUUGGUGGUCAGCCAGUUGGUGUCAUAAUUGAUGGAAAACCGCAUCUGGUACAUUUAGAAGGACCACUCCCGCAAGUAGAUAUAGGUAAAGCGAAGAGAACCGAUCUCGUAGCUGGUAAAAUAAAUCUUAUUGUAAACGCAACAACCGUGUGUCCUGUUUAUUUAGAUGCCAAAGUACAAAAGUUCCAAGUGAACGGACAAUACUUUACGAUACGUUUCGUAGAUGCGUUGCAGACUGUACUUAUCAAUGAGCAACCUUUCAAAGUUGAGUUUGGAGAUCUUCCUAAGCCCAUACUGAUUAAUGGAGAGAAAUACUUUGUUAGGUUCUCUGCUUUGCCUAAAUAUAUUAAGCCAGGACAAGUAGAGAUUGCAAAUAUGGAGGGUAAAGUUUCUUCAGUGCCAAAAGCGAUUGUGGAAAAUAAUGAAGUACCUAUGGAAACUGAUUUACAGCCACAGGAUAGGCCUCAGAAGUCGCCUAGCCCUGAUAAUGAAAAUAAAGGUCUCGACAUGCUAGCAAGCUUGAUGCCAACCAGCAUGGCGCCGGCCGCGAGCUCAGAGUACAGUUCGGCUGAACCAUUAUUCGUGGAACCAGAUAAAAUACCCGGCUUAGAAACGCCUGCAGAAGAGAAGCCCAAUCCCAUGCCAGUAUUAGGGAAUAUAAAUGUAAACGAUUUAUUCGCGAAGCUUGUUGCUUCUGGUAUCGUGUCUGUGAUCAAUGAGCAAAAGCCUGAAGUGAAAGAUGUUAAGGAAGACGUUAAGCAGAAGCAGAAGGAAGACAAAAGUGUGGUACAUAAGGUGGAUCUGUUGAAGCCGGAGACGCUACGAGUUAAACAACCAGCCAUAGUAGCAAAGCUCUACGGCGGUAUGCAAUGCAGCGGCUGCGGGGCCCGGUUUCCCCCAGAACACACGGUGCGAUACUCCCAGCACCUCGACUGGCACUUCCGACAGAAUAGACGGGAAAGGGACUCUGCGAGACGGGCACAUAGCAGGCAUUGGCACUAUGAUCUGUCUGACUGGGUGCAGUAUGAGGAGAUCGAGGAUUUGGAGGAGCGAGAAAAGAGUUGGUUUGAAACGGGCGGCGCGGAGGAAGAAGCCGCCGAAGAGGUCCUCGAGGCGGGCGAAGCCCCGAGCGUGGCCGCGGGGCCUCCAGCCGGCCGGCACUGCGCACUGUGCGGUGAUGCGUUUGACCAGUUCUACAACGAGGACCGUGAGGAGUGGCACCUGCGCAACUCGCUGCAGCACGAAGGCCGGAACUACCACCCGGCCUGCUUCGACGAUUAUAAGGCGUCACUCACAAAGGAUGCUCCAAAGGAAGAAUCCACAGUGGACAUUGCAGAGGAGAGUAAAGAUGAAGAAGCCAUUGAGAUCAGGGACGUGGAAGCCGAUGAGUCGGACAAUGAAUCGGUUGUGGAGGUGAUCGACCCAGAGAAUGAUGUGGAAUCGGAGCCUGUAGAGAUUGACGAAGCAGACGACGGUGAUGAAGACGACGUGGUGCUCAAAGCGGAGCCGGUGGAACAGGUGGUCGUGGAGGAUGAUGCAGACACUGAUGAUGAGACCCAAGCAGAGAGGACCAAACGGGACGAGCUGGCUGCUAUCGACUUUGCCAAGGUCAAGAUUAAGCAGGAACCCGUUGAUCCAGAUGAUGAACCAGUAAUAACAGCGGAAGUGGAGUCAAUAGUUGCACCCGUGAUCGAAACCACACAAAUCACAGUGACAUCCUCAAUAGAUGGCAACGUCCAGCUAGAGGACGCCACUCCAGCCCCCAGCUUGCCGUUUGGAGGCAUUCGCAUCAACAUCAACAAAGUGCCAGCGUUUGUGAACCCACAAGAUGAUAAAAUGCUCGAAGACAUUAGCGCUGAUGAUGAGCCUUUACCCCCUGGUGAAGAGCCAGAGCUAGAGUUUAAAUUGAAGCCCCAGUUGGAAGGUGUACAGUUGAAACGGCAGCCGCCAGUGCAAAAGGGAAAUGAACUGUCUGGAUUGUGUUCUAUUAUGUGAUUGUUAAGUGAAUGCAAGUUGGGAAAUACAAGGAUGUGUUGUGAAUUAAAUACUGUAUGAGUAUAUGACUGAUUCAACUAGAUGUUGUUUAAAUAUGAUUUAAUUCAUAAAAUAAACUCUAUAAUAAGUUCGUUAGUGUCGGAUUUCGCUUGUCUAUCAAGCAUAAUAUGAUCCAAUAACAGAAAUAAAAAAGUGAUAAUUGUAUUUGUAAUUAUAAAAAGAAUACUUUUUUUCUGUUAUACUAUAAAAUUAUAGGAAUAUACUUGUAUACUUCAAUAGUAACCAUUAAUCACAGAAACACAAAAAUAUGAUCACAAUAUAAUAGGUAUUUUGUACAUAUUUUGUUGUUAAGGUAGAUUUAAAUAACUGAUAAAUUAAGUGUUGCUAUGAUUUUGUAUAAAAAUAAAUUGCUUCAAUACGGUAGGAAUGUACACUGCCAAAUGAAUAAAUUGUAAAAAAAAAAUAGUUAUAAUGUACUUUAUGUAUAUUUAGGAUUUUGUUUUGAUUUUUUUUUCAGUAUCUUUAUUCUUUUCUGUUUAUUUCUUUAUAAUUACUAUCUUCUACGCUGUUCUGUAGAUAAUUGAUUUUCCAUUCUAAUAAUUAGUUGUUAAUAAAAUUGAUAAAGCCACUUCAUAAAAAUGUGAUAUUAAACUAUAAGGUACACUAAAAUUGAUGGUUUUGUAAGAUGUUAAGUUUGUAUAUAAUUUGCUUGUGUAUGUAGGGUUAAUUUGGUGUUUGGUUUAGCACAAUUUGAUUUUUGAAGGAAUCUCUAGGUUAAUUUUAUUUCGACUUUAGAUCAAAAUCAUUGAAUUUAAACUAAAAUCCUCAAAAUAAAAUAUUUAAAAAACACUGUGUUUUGCUUACAACCCGGUUUUUUCAUUAUACUGUAUGAUUUUGUUUUGCUAAAAUAAAACCAUUAUUUAAUA